UCGUCGCGGCAGCCACUCAGAGGGCGCCUUCUUGGCAGGUGCGGCGGGGGCAGCUUGCUCAGCCCCUCCAUGCGGCCCGGCGCCGUGGACCGCAGCUCUCUUAUGAUGGGACACCCGGGGAUGCCGCAUUACCCACCCAUGGGAAUGCACCCCAUGGGGCAGAGGCCACCAAACAUGCCCCCAGUUCCACAUGGCAUGAUGCCUCAGAUGAUGCCCCCGAUGGGAGGACCACCAAUGGGGCAGAUGCCUGGAAUGAUGCAGUCAGUCAUGCCUGGAAUGAUGAUGUCUCACAUGUCCCAAGCUGCUAUGCAGCCUACGGUUCCGCCAGGGGUGAACAGCAUGGAUGCACAAGUAGGUGUGACGCCUCCUGGAACUCAGACAACACAUCCCGUGGUUUGUGCAGCUCAGCAAACAGCCACGACCAACAGUUCAGGCAGCGAGGAGCACUCUAAACAGAAAUCGACGUGGACGGAGCACAAAUCGCCUGAUGGCAGAACCUAUUACUACAACACUGAAACAAAGCAGUCCACAUGGGAGAAGCCAGAUGAUCUUAAAACACCUGCUGAGCAAUUGCUGUCUAAGUGCCCCUGGAAAGAGUACAAAUCUGAUUCUGGAAAGCCAUACUACUACAACUCCCAAACUAAGGAAUCACGCUGGGCAAAACCCAAAGAACUCGAAGAUCUGGAAGCACUGAUCAAAGCUGAAGAAAACAGCACCAAGACUGAAGAAUCUGCUUCAGCAGCUUCUGCUGCAGGCGAUGCAGCCAACACAGCCGCCACAGCCACGGCUGCUGCUGAGGCUGCCACAGCUGGUGCUGCCGGCGCUGCUGCAGCCUCUGAAACAGAAAGCACUGCUGCCUCUGCUGUGGUAGAAAACGAGAGUGCUGCUGCAGCCACAGCUGAGGAUCAGGGGCAGCAAGCAACUUCAGCUCCUGCAGCUCAGGAACAGAGUGCAGAAGGUGCUGCUAACGCAGCCGAUGACUCCAAGCAGGACGGUUCAGCAGAUGCUUCAAAGAAGGAGGGCGAUGAUGCGCAGCCAGUUAAAAAAACCUACACCUGGAAUACAAAAGAAGAAGCAAAACAGGCAUUUAAAGAACUCCUAAAAGAAAAGCGAGUACCAUCCAAUGCUUCUUGGGAGCAAGCCAUGAAGAUGAUCAUUAAUGAUCCUAGAUACAGUGCUUUGGCAAAGCUGAGUGAAAAAAAGCAAGCCUUUAAUGCUUACAAAGUUCAAACAGAAAAAGAAGAAAAAGAAGAAGCAAGAUCAAAAUACAAAGAAGCUAAAGAGUCCUUCCAGCGUUUUCUGGAGAACCAUGAGAAGAUGACAUCCACAACACGAUACAAAAAAGCUGAACAAAUGUUUGGGGAGAUGGAGGUGUGGAAUGCAAUAUCUGAGCGUGACCGCCUGGAGAUUUAUGAAGAUGUUUUGUUUUUUCUGUCUAAGAAAGAAAAGGAACAAGCCAAGCAGUUACGGAAGAGGAACUGGGAAGCUCUGAAGAACAUCCUUGAUAACAUGGCCAACGUCACUUACUGCACUACUUGGUCAGAGGCUCAGCAGUACCUGAUGGACAACCCUACGUUUGCAGAAGAUGAGGAACUUCAGAAUAUGGAUAAGGAGGAUGCACUGAUCUGCUUUGAGGAACACAUCAGGGCAUUGGAAAAAGAGGAGGAAGAAGAAAAACAGAAAAGUUUACUGAGAGAAAGAAGGCGGCAGCGGAAAAACAGAGAAUCUUUUCAGAUAUUUCUAGAUGAGCUGCACGAGCACGGACAGUUACAUUCAAUGUCCUCUUGGAUGGAGUUGUACCCAACCAUAAGCUCUGACAUCAGAUUCACUAACAUGCUUGGUCAGCCUGUUUCUUUAUCAGGAUCAACAGCGCUCGAUCUCUUCAAGUUCUAUGUUGAAGACUUAAAAGCACGUUACCACGAUGAAAAGAAGAUCAUAAAAGAUAUCUUAAAGGAUAAAGGAUUUGUAGUGGAAGUGAACACUUCUUUCGAAGACUUUGUUACAGUCAUCAGUUCAACUAAGAGAGCCACCACUUUAGAUGCAGGAAAUAUCAAGCUGGCUUUCAAUAGUCUGCUGGAAAAGGCAGAAGCCCGUGAAAGAGAAAGGGAAAAAGAAGAAGCUCGCAAAAUGAAGCGGAAAGAGUCUGCCUUCAAGAGCAUGCUGAAACAGGCUACUCCUCCCAUCGAGCUGGAUGCUGUCUGGGAAGAUAUCAGAGACAGGUUUGUGAAGGAACCAGCAUUUGAAGAUAUCACUCUAGAGUCUGAAAGGAAAAGAAUAUUUAAAGAUUUCAUGCAUGUACUCGAGCACGAGUGUCAGCAUCAUCAUUCAAAGAACAAGAAACAUUCUAAGAAAUCCAAAAAGCACCACAGGAAGAGGUCCCGCUCUCGCUCGGGCUCGGAGACGGAGGAUGAUGAUAGCCAUUCAAAGAAGAAAAGGCAACGUUCAGAAUCUAGAUCUGCUUCUGAGCGUUCUUCCAGUGCAGAAUCUGAGAGAAGUUACAAGAAAUCAAAAAAACACAAGAAAAAGAGCAAGAAAAGAAGACAUAAGUCUGAUUCACCAGAAUCUGAUAUUGAACGAGAAAAAGACAAAAAAGAAAGAGAGAGAGAAAGUGAAAAGGAUAGAGCUAGACAAAGAUCUGAAUCAAAACAUAAAUCUCCGACUAAAAAACGACCUGGAAAAGAUUCUAUUGAUGUCAAAGGAGAUGAGGACAGCUGGUUAAACGCUGAGGGCAACUGGGACACCUCGGGCAGCGAGCUGAGCGAAGGGGAGCUGGAAAAGCAGAGGCGGACGCUUUUGGAACAACUGGAUGAAGAUCAAUGAGAACGUUAUUUAUACCAAAUAUGUUUACAUUGUGGCAUAAUAAAAGAAACCAAUGUUUAAUUCA